AUGGAAAGAAGGCUCCUAAAGAAGGAAAUGAAAAAGCUCCUGGGAGAUUACAUUGGCAUCAGACUUCGGGAAAAUGAAUUUGACCCAAAAGGAAGAAGGCAACUCACCUUUCUAGAUGAUAUGGCACACUAUGACUUGGCCAUCAAUGUUGCUUUGCAAUGGCUGGAUCACUCAGAAGACUUAACUUGGCUGGAGUGGGAGAAAGUGAAAAUGUCAUUUCGGGGUAGACCCGUAUAUCCAAACCACAGAGAACGAGAAGCAAUGAUUUUAUCAUCUUAUGCUGGAAUCCUAAUGAACAGUAUCCCGAUUGAGGAAGUCUUUAAAAUUUAUGGGGCUGGCUCUUCUUCCAGUUCUGGUGUUGCCAAGGUUCCCCAAGCUCCACCCUUCCACCUCUCCUUGCACCCUUUUGCCAUGUUAACAGCACCCAAAGCCGCAGAAUAUGCCCGCAAACAGAGUGUCAAGCUAAGAAGGGCAGCAAUGAACAAAAAUGCCACCAGCAGUUCUACAAGGAAAGCAAAUGCCAUGGAAUGGAAAUCAUCAAAAAAUUUAUCUUUGGACACACAGCCCAAGGACAAAGUAGGUCUAAACAUGCAAAUUGAACCAAACUGA